GCAGCUUCAGUGAUCGAACGCCCAGUCGGGGAACCGCGGGGUCUGCGUAAAAUAAACGCAGCUGCAGUAGUGUAGUGACGGCGAGAGCGCGAGACUCUGACGUGCUCACGUCACGCGCGAAAUUUAGAAAAGGCAAAAAAAGAAGAAAGCGAAGCGCGCGCUGAGCCUCAGCACGGUGUGGUGUGGUGUGGUGUGUUUCCGCGCGUCUCUCGUGUCACGUUAAAUCAUCCUUUUUACGCGAUGGCGGAUCAGAGCUGUUACUCCCCGAGCUUUAAGAAACCGUGUGAUGUCCUCCGCAUGAGGAGAAAGCGGGCCCGGAGCGAGGUGUUGAGCCGGGGCGCUGCAGCAACCAGCGGCUCGGCAGGAACUUCUAUCCGGCCUUUCUCCCCCGGGCCACUGCUCAACCCUCAGACCCGAGCAGGCGCCCAGGCGAAGCGCAGAAACCCGUUCGCCAACAUCGAAAACACCUACAGCAGCCCGAAGAAGAGGAACCGUGCAGAGAACCCGGAGGAGUGGAGGACGUCCCUCAGCGCUGUGUGUGAGGGAGAAAACCCCGCGGUACCGUGGCGGGGAGAGAAACUCUUCCGCGGCGAUAAUACACAGCCAGAAGAAGUGCUUUCUCUUUCUGAAGAUCAAUCCUUAUUCGAAGAGGAUGUGUUUGAGGUGGAAAAAUCCACACCCAUCCUGAAGAGUCCAGGAGCUCCUGAUGUAAGAAGUGAGUCCCAGCCAGAAGUGUGUGGAGAAUACCCAGCAGACUGGAGCCUGAAGACCCGAGUGCUCAUCACCUCUCCACAGUCUUUCGCCUGGGCUGAGCAUCUGAAAGCUCAAGAGGAAGCCCAGGGCCUGAGCUUGCACUGCAGGGCAGAGUACACUCCUCUACCACAGAAUAUCCAGGACCCUCGGAGCUGUGCAGAGCUCCGUUGUGGUUUCCAGCAGUGUCUGCAGUACUGGCAACAUCCUUCUCUGCCGUGGCUCUCUCUGUUCCCCCGGAUCGGCGCCAAGCGCAGCUUCUCAGACAAGAGUACACCAUGGGCUCAAGAUACUGCCUUACAACAGAGCCUGAUGAGUGAAUGGUCAGUGAGCUUGACUUCUCUGUACAGUCUCCUAAAGGCCAAACUCUGUCCAUACUUUUACCUUUGUUCCUACCAGUUCACUGUGCUGUUCAGAGCAGCAGGACUGAGUGGUGCUAAAGGCAUCAGCGCACUGCUUUCCCCAACCACCAGGGGGCUGCGUGAAGCCAUAAAAGCUGAAGGCAUAGAGUUCUCACUCCCUCUGCUGGAGGAGAAAAGGAAGAGCAAAGAGAACAGCUCCUCUCAUUCUAAUGACUCUCAACUGACUGAUGGAAAUGAACAAAGCAGUACAUUGACAUAUGAGUAUGAUGAUAAAGAAGAGGAGGACGAAGUGGAGGAGGAGGAGGACGAUGAUGAAUGUUUCUCCUGGCUGAAAGAGAUGGGGGUACAAGACAAGAUCAAGAAGCCUGAUGCCCUCUCAAUCAAGCUGCGUAAAGAGCACAACGAGGUACGAGUGGACCACAGGCCUGAAUCUGUAGUUCUGGUAGAAGGCUCAAACACGUUCACCUUGAUCAACUUCCUCAUCAACUGCAAAAGCCUGGUAGCUGCAGCUGGUCCUCAGGCAGGGUUACCUCCAACACUGCUGGCUCCAACAGCAUUCAGAGGAGCUACACUGCACACACUGAAGGCACGAAGUGUAAAUGUGAAAACACAAGUGAGGACAGGAUUUCAGGACGUGUGCAGUCUGGAGGUCACUGGCCCCAUAAUGCCGCAUGCACUACACACACUUUCACAGCUCCUGAGACCAGCCCAGAGGGGCGACUUCUCCAUGGCAAUUUACACACACGAGCCCACUGCUGUUCUAAAUGUACCAGUCACCAGGCCAGCUGAAUCUGACGGACAGAGUAACGUGUUGGAGGAAUUAAGCCGGUGUGGUCUGCAGCAACACACAGUGCAGCAGCUGAUGGAGCAGGCGACGCUUGGCAAGAGUGCCCUCAGACACCUCAACAUGAGGGACUACUCCUACAGCUGGAGGUCCUGAUGCCUCACUACAUCUCAUGGACCUGUUAAACCUGUCGAAUGUGACUGCACAAUCAGUCGGACAUGUAAUCUUAAACAUACUGAUGAAUUUGUUUAACCUGAUGUCUGUUUCUUAGUUCUUUUUACUCUCAGUAAUUUUACGUGUAUGUGUUUUCGUGUAACACUUACAUAAGCAUAUCCUUUAGCACUACUCAUCUGCUCGAAGGACUCACACUUGAAGAUAUUUUCCUCUUUUAAUCUCCCACUCAUGCCCUUUUUAACAGCAUGCAUGUAAUUUAAAUAUUGUGUUGAGAACAGAAAUGUCUGGAUGAAGAUGUAGCUUUUGUAUAAUGGUGUGUGCAUUUAAUUUUAUCCCUUUGUAGCAUUGUAUGUAUUGUAUAUUAAAUGAACUGGGUUUUAUGUGUCACAGACCAUGUGUUUUUGUAUGUAAAUAAGUGAUAAGAUUAAAAAGCACCAUUGUAAGUGUUAA